UCUGUGCUCAUGUUGCGCGAUGUAAUCAUGAGUGUGUGAGGGGACUAAACCAACGGUCAAAACGGAAGAUAUUUGUUUAAAUGCCGACGACUAAUUGCCCAAAUUGUUUUAUUUCUGUGACAUAAAUGGACGGGGACGAGCGACGAGCCUCCAAGAGGCGUUCCCUCGAGGCUGGACGUGAAAUAUUGGCUAGGUACAAGGCGUCACAAGGACGGAUGGAUAAUCAGGGGACUGAUCCGUCUGAUGUUGAGGAACUGCUUGGACACAAUGAAACUAUUGACACGCAAAAUUCAAGUAUCCUCGAGGACACUUCCCUGCGAGACACAACGCAAUCGAGCAUGAGUAUCUCCGAGGGCGAGGGCGAGGGAGAUAUCGAGAACAUGGCAGGUCGAGUAGCAGAGCUGAAAGAGCUCCUGCAGGGAAAAGAAGCGAUGAUCGAGUCCCUCAGCGCGGAGAUCGACCACAUGAGGGGUGAGGCCUGCUCCCCUCACUCCUCCCAGAGUCAGAGCAGUUCGCAAUACCGAGACCUUUUGACAACUUAUCAACACAAGCUGCAGGACUUCGAGCAGGCGGUGGCCCAACGAGACAAUUUAAUAACAGAACUGACGUCGUCACUUGAGCAAGCUCUGGCUUCCAGGGACGCCCUGAAGGACCAGGUCCAGUUCCUGAAUUCUCUGCCUAUUCUGAACCCACCCCAGAAGGACCCUGAGGACCUCAGGACCCCUCAGGACUCCUCACACCUCCUCGAGGAGACGAUCAAACAACUCAGUGCAAAACUUCAGACGUUGGAGGAGGGGAAAACCCAAGAAAUUGAGUCCUACAAGUCCCAAGUCAACGAAUUAAACCAGAGGAUCCAAUCCCUGGAGAUGGAGAGCAUCUCCAGCCUCGAGGAGCGUCAGAGGGUGAAGGAGCUUUACGACGCGCAGAUUUCUAAAAUCAAAAAGGACAUGGAGAAGAUCCUGGACAAAUUCGCUGCUGAAACUAAACAGAAUGCAGAGUCUCAUCGCCAGGAGGUGAUUAAAAUUAGGGAAAGCCAUGAGGGGGAGGUCCUAGCCCUCAGGAGGAGGUACGAGGACCAGUGCAGGGGGCUGCAGGAUCGUUGUAAUCUGGAGAUGGUGGAGGUGGAGAAGAAGCAUGCGAAGGAACUCAGUGUCUUUCAGAGCCAACUGGCUAGCUACAAGAAGACUAUUGAGGGGAUGAGGUCACAGAUGGAGGGGCACAUGGCCGAGGGGGACAAGAGUGAUGUUCUGGGCUUGAAGAAUCAGCUGGUGAAUGCUCAGCACGAGAGGGCACUUCUUCUCGAGCAGAUUAAACUGCAUAAGGUUCAAGUGGAGGAGCUCACUGCCAAGUAUGUGGCUGCCACCAGUGUUUUUGAUUCUAAGGAGAGCAUCGAGAAGAGUCUGGAGGAGGCCUUGACCAAUGUCGCACAGCUGACGCAGGAGAACGAGAAUUUAAAGUUGAGAUACGACGACAUGAGUGCAAAGUACUCGGCAGCCCAAUCCCUGAUCGAGAACAACCAGAUUCACGAGAGAUCCAUGAGCUCGAGGAUCUACGAGUUGGAAAGAUCGCUGGGGCGUAUCUCAGGCAUCAACAACAGCCUCUUCAGCGAGUUCAACGAGACGACCUACCAGACAUUCGAUGACCUAGCCCUCCAGAUCCAGCUGUCACGCCAGAAACUCGAGGAGAAGGAGGAGCUCGAGAGAAAGCUCACCAACAAGAUCAAACACCUGGAGGAGACAGUUCUGAGGACUUCAAAGGAACUCGAGGACGUGAGCCUCCAGAAGAACAGCUACGAGAAGCAGCUGAAGGACUUGAGGAACAGCUUCGACAGGAUGAUGAGCUCAGACAAUUCCUUGAACUCAACGAGAGUAAAACAACUGGAGAGCGACUUGGAGGAGCUGAAGGAGUCUCUCAGGAGGAAAGACGUGGCUUUGAUGGAGAGGGAUAAGAACCUGGGGAUCGUGAGGGCUGAGGUGCAACAGCUCCAGGACGACUGCAGGCAGCUGAUGGGGGGCCUGCAGGCAGCCUGGAGCCAGUGUGCAGAGCGGGAGCUCAAGCUGAAUGAAUCCCUGAUGAACGAGUCCAAGUUGGAGUCCAUCGCCAUCAACUUGAGCUGCCUCAGGGAGGAUCUAGUCGACAGUACAUUGAUCUCUGAAGACACACUGAAUCGCACUAAACCUGAAGACAUCACUUCCAGUCUCGUCGGUGGGAUCAACUCAGCAUUCAAUCGAUACGAGAACCUCUUCUCUGAGUGUGAGAAGCUCUCUGACGCCAAUCAUCAGUUGAAGAGGGAUUUGGAGAGCGUGAAACUGUCUCUAGAGGACGUCAGGAGGGAGAAGGAAGGGCUCCUCGAGGAGGUGAAGAGCCUCAAGCAACAGCACCUGCAGGAGAUCGAGGGCAUGAGGCAGCAGCAUGUCGAGGAGAUCGACGUCCUGAAGAAGCUGUUUGGGGACAAUGGGUUGGAUAAAUUUAAGGAGGAGGUUGAGAGGAGACAUGCUCAGGAGAUGGAGGAGCUGAGGACUUACUUCGAGGAGAAGGUCCUUCAUGUUGAGAAGCAGUACUCAGAGGAGGUCUUCAGUCAGUCUAAGAAAUUGAGUGAUGAUAGCUCUGAAGUGGACGACAUGACCGAUGAUCUGUACUUUGGAGGCGGUGGAGAUGCUGAGAAGAUGAAGGAUGCGGGGCUCUGCAGAGAGGUUGUCGAGCAGGGGAGCAAGGACAGCUGUGAUAAAAGCGCGAGGGUUUCCACCAGUGAACAGCAUUGUCAGACUGAGUUGGAGCCCGUGGAGAAUGGAGAGUUGAGGGACCUGAGGGCGGCUUACAGUGCUCAGCUUGAGGAGCAGAUUGCUCUCGCUAGGUGUGAUAUUGUCAACGCACUGCAGGAGCAGAUUCAGGUCCUCCUAGCUGUUGAAGACGACACUGAGGAAAACUGGCCCCCAGAGCUCCUCCAACUUCGCAAUAAAUUUACAAACAACGCCAGGAAAGAGAUGGAGAAGUUGAAGGAGUCCCACCAGCUCGAGAUCUCGAAACUCAAAGUGGAGUAUGCGAAGACCCUCGAGAAUUACGAAUCAGAGAUCAAGAGCCUGACCCAGAGGAGAGUGAGUCACCAGUUCGAUGGCCACCUCUCGAUCCCAGAUGACAUCAUCAAGCAGAGAUACGAGAGUCUCCACAAGAUCUGCCUCAUCCUGAAGGGGCUCGUCGUGGAUUUGAUAAAAUACACUGUGACGUGUGAAGAGGAACUCAACAACACGUUCAUAACUGAAAUAAUUAAAAGAAGAAUAAUGUCAGAGGAGCAGAACUCCAGCACCGAGGAGGCUGAAAAGAACCAGACGAUUUCAGACACCGAAAUCCCUGAAAUUCCCACGAAGAAGAUCAUCAAGAGGGUCCACUUUGCCCCUCAGUCCCGAGAGAUCUCUUCGAUAAUUAAUUCCGAGACAGAUUCCCUUCUGGAUCUCAUUGAAGAGGAGGAGGACAUCGGGGAGAAGCUCAGGGAUGAGUUGGGAAAGUGUUUGGAGAGACUCAGGACUGAAAGUGCGGAGAUUAUCUCUGUCUCGUCGACUCCUGGGGAGAGCACUCUUGACGCUCUGUCGAAGCAAGUUCUCUGGACGACUAAAGUCAACGAGGAACUCAGUGCCAAGCUCAUGGAGGCUGAGGGCAUUGUUGAGGAUUACCAGGUCGAGAGUCAACAGCUGAAGAUGAAGAUCAUUGAUCUGCAGCAGAAGAUUUCAGUCAUCGAGGGGGCAAAGGAGAUCAUCUCCGAGGGGUAUGGCGAGCAGGAUGAGGCUGGAGGGGAAGUUGUUGUUCAAGAUUUUUCGCAAUUGCUGGAGAAAGCGCGUCUGGCAACUGUAAAUGCAGCUGCAGAUCCUGCCUAUCAUCUCCAGCUUAUCGAGGAGCUCUGCAGAUGCACAGAAAAAAUUCUCGAGGACUCGAAACGCGAGAAAGAGGACCUCCAGCAGCAGCAGGUGUCAUUAGAUCCCCUUCCCUCCCAAAGCAUACACAGGGUGAGACACAAGAUCGAUGCAGCAGACAAACAACUCAGGAGUACUCGUAAAUUUCUGGAGGAGCAAGCGAGUGAGAGGGAAAUCGAGAGGGAUGAGGCUGCGAAGCAAAUAAAAUCCCUUCACGAGCAGUUGAAGGAACGAGAACGUGAUAAAGAACGAGAUCUUCGUAUUUCCUCUGAGUCGCCUUCACCUACACCCGACUCAUCGCUGGGUUCUUCGAAGGUUCAUCUUGACUACAGAGCAACUGUGGAGGCCCUGGAGCUCCAGAUGCGUGAGAUGACCUCCCAGAUCUCCGACACCGAGCAAAAGAAAUCGGAGACCGAGUCCGAGUUGAAGGCCGCAGUGGACAAGAUUUGGGUGCUGCGCGACAUAAUAGUGGACCUGGAGCAGCAGAUCCAAUCAAAGCUCGACCAGGAGGAGGUUCUGCUCUCGCAGAUAGCCCACCUGAAGGAAGUGAUCUCCAGCCAGACCCACAGCCACCAACGACUCGUGGAGGAGCUCGACCAGUUGAAGUCGUGCGCAGAAAGCACUCACCUCCUCUCCCACAUUUCCCACCUGCAGAGCGAGCUCCAGCGCCACCAACUGAGCAACGAGCAGUUCACCGUGAACUCCACAGCCCUGAGGCAGAUGAAGUCAGAGCUCCGAGAGAUGCAGAAUCACCUGGACAAGCGAAUAAAGGAGCUGGAAGCCCUCCACAUGACAGGCUCAACCCUCAGCAUCAGUCAGCCCUCUGAAGACGUCUCCAUCCGAGACCAGAUCGAGGCGUCGAGGUGUCCAACUCCCGAGGAAGACGCCAACUCCCCCCCAACCCUCCCCCUGGACCAGCUCCUGAAGCUGAAGGAGAAGCUCCUGAAGCACUCCAGAACCGAGGAAGUGGCCUUCAAGAAGAUAAAGGACCUGGACAUGCAGCUGUCAGCCCUGAAAAUGCAGAACGAGGAGCUCCAGGAGGAGCGUGACAUCCUCCAGCAGACGACGUCAGACCAACUCUUCCAGAUCGAGCAGUUGCGGGGGCGACUGGAGCAGUACAAGCAGUCGGCGCCCUUCGCCCAGCGUCAGGCGACGUCUCGCCUGGAGCUGGAGCUGCACGAGGUGAACUCGAGAGUCCAGAGUCUCGAGCAGAGGCUCGCCGAUAAGGACCUGGAGCUGAGGGAGAUGAGGGGCCAGUUGGAGCGAGCCAAUCUCCUCCUGAAGGAGAAGGAGGACGAGCUGAACAGUGUGGUCCAUCGAGAGGACAACGAGAUAAUCGCCCUGAGGGAGCAGCUGGAGACCCUUGAGCACGAGAAGCAGAUCCUGGAGUCGAAGAUUUCUGUGCAGGAACGAGCCCAGCAGGAGUUGCCUCAAUUAAUCGACUCGAUGCUUGCUGACAAGAACGAGGAGAUCGACCACCUGAAGGAGCAGCUGUCGAAGAGAGAGAAGCAGCUGGAGGCUCUGAACUCCUUGAACGUCGAGGAGAAUCGAGGCCCAAUUGAGCCGAAAAACUCGGCUAGAACGCUGAGUGACAUCCUGUCGAUCCACUCAGAGUGCGAGGAGAUGUCUGAGGCCAUCAGGGACGCUCCAUCGAGCAACUUCCAGGCGAAUGUCUCCUCAUUCAGGCGAGAGGUGAGUCACGAGCAGGAGCUGCAGAAGUCGGAGCUCCUGGUGCCCCCCCUGGAGCUGGGGCCCUCACUCAACACAACUCCAGUCCAUCGUCGUCACCAGUCGACUAAUAUCGACUCCAUGAUGAGUGGGUUGGACCUGAAGUCCCCAACACUGGCUUCUGACGAUGGAAGGUCCUUCAACUCUGCUUCGAAGGUGACGAAACCUUCCCCAGGCAAUCAGAAGACGAUCCAGGACCUCGAGGAUAAGCUGAAGGAAAUCUACGAAGAGUUAAAGUCCAAGUCAUCGACUCUGAACAAACGAGAGAUGGAGUUGAACGAGCUGAAGAAGAGUCUGGACGAGCUGAGGACGGAGUCGAAGGACUCCAUCGAAACUUUGACGAGGGACAAGGACUUCUACAAGAGCCAGUACGAGCUAUCCCAGGAGUCUGAGAAGAAAAUCAGGCGAGAUCUGGAGGAAGUGGAGAACUACUUGAAGGUGAGGUCCGAGGAGGUCGAGCUGUACCAGGAGAAGAUCCAGUUGAACGAGAAAAUGCUGUCCGAGUCCAAGGACGAGAACGCAAAAUUGAGGAGGGAGAUUAUAAAGCUGGAGGAGGGCAUCGCCAACUGCGAGCAGAAGCUCGCCGAGAAGAUGGAGGAGCUGAACAAUUUGACGCAGAUAAUCUUCGAGAAGGACAUUACGAUUGAAACAGUAAAGACCAGGAAUAUGGAGAUUGAGGACGAGAACAAGCAGCUGUACGAGUACAAAACCAAGUUCGAGGUGGUGAGGAAGGACCUUCUGGACAAUCAGAACGAGAUGAAGAGGCUGAGCGACGGGUUGAGCAGUCGAGACCUCGUCAUCCAGAGGCUGGAGGACAUGGCGAGGAGAUCGAGUGUCCCAUCGCCGGAGGAGAACAAGGCCCAGGAGAUCCACCACCUGAAGGACCUCGUCAAGGAGAAGGACAAGCUGAUCCAGCAGAUGACCGACGACAGCAAGAGCCUCCACCGUGAGCUGGAGACAGUCCACAGGAAGAUGAAGGAGCCUGGGAAUGUGGUGGAGCUGCGUAAGAAGCUGCAGCAGGAGAAGAGGUGCAAUGCAGAGCUGACGAAGAAGGUGACGAAGCUCUCGAAGGAGCUGGAGGUCUUCAAAGAGGACUCUCGCCACCCUGAGGACCUCGAGGACAUGGUGCAGAGGGAGUUGAACCUGUCUGCAGACCUCGACAAGAAGAUCAUGGACGCCAUAGAGUCGGAGUCAGAGGACCUGUCCCACAGGAAAAUAGAGCUUCACUCAUGCAACUCACUGACGAUAAAACCGGUGGAGCCAGACCUCGAGAAGAUCAUGGAGCAGUACCUGGACAUAAAGGCAAAACUGAAGGCCCAAAGUAAAGUUAAUAACGAGUUGACGCACCAGAAGAACGAGCUGGAGAUCGAGAAGGAGAUGCUGCAGUCCCAGAUCGCAGAGUACGAGUCCAGGAUCCUGCAGUUGAAGUCUGAUUUCGAGAGGGAAUGCAAGAGGAACAGUAAUCUCUCCGAGGAGCUGUCAUCGAAGAAGGCAGCCAUGAGGAACCUGGAGGUCCAGGUGAAGAAGGAGAAGACAGCCCACCAGAACUCCCAGAUGGAAGACUCCAACAUGAUCGAAAUGCUGAGGAUCAAGCUGACGUCGUCGCUGAACACCGAGCAGCAGUUGCGAGACAACAAUUUGAGUCUCAGAGAGAAGAACAAAAUGCUGAUGUCUCAGUUGUCAGCGCUGAAGUUCCAGAUAGAGUCGAGGGCCGAAGUGGCCCCCCUGGAGAUCCCCUCGCCAGACCCAGAGGUCCCCGAGAGGCUCUCGGAGCUGGAGCGCGAGAACCAGGACCUGAGGUCGACCCUCCAGAGCCUGGAGUCAGAGAGAAAUAAAUACAAGAAGGACCUGGAGAUCGCCAUUGAGGAGAACGAGAAGCUGCUGAGCACUCUGGCAAUAGUCGAGGGGGACAAGGAUCACCUGGAGAUAAUUCAGAGACGCCUGAAGGAGACCAUUAAGACGCGGGAGGAGGAGAUCGAGUGGCUCCAGAGGAGGAUCAAGGGGCUGACCGAUGCCGAGGACAAGAGGCAGCAGCAGAGGUCCGACGACGAGCACGAGCUCAAGAGUCUUCGACAGGAGAUUAAGAAUGUUCGUGAGGUGAUGCACGACUGGCAGAUUGACACUGAUCAGAUGAGUCAACAGUUGAGGGCUUCAUUGUCGGAGAGGGCGCAAUUGACGCAAGUCGUCGUGGCACUGAGAAAGAGUGAGGAGGAGUUGAACAAGAAAGUUAAUGAGGCGAGGGCUCAAGAGGAGAAGCUGCAGGAGGUGAUUAACGAGCUCAGGGGCCAACUGUUGGCACAGGGUCUGGGGGAGGGGGAUGGGGCGGGUGGGGAGUUUGCUCAGAGCAUUAGCGAACUGCGGGGGAGGCUGGAGAGGUAUGCACACGAGAAGAGCAUUCUCCAUGAGAAGUUGAUGAAGGAGAGGGGGGAGAGGGAGAGGGCUGAGGCCAGGGUCAGGGAGCUGGAGGUCGUCGGCAUACAGAGGAAUCUCGAGGAGUCGGAUCUGUCGAAUAAGUUUCAGAAGCUCUAUGGGAAGUACAUCAGGGUCGACAGCAAGAGGAAGGCUCUGGCUUUCCAGAAGAGGUAUCUGCUCUGCGUUAUUGGGGGGUAUCAGAUGUCCGAGGAGAACACUCUCUCGGUUCUCGCUAAACUCACGAAUUCCGAGAGGAAUUUCGCGGACUUUGGGAGCCCGAGGGGGAGGAAGUUCAGGUCGGUUGCGCUCGCUGUUGUUUCGGUCGUCAGGAUGAAGUGGCUGGUGGCCAGGUGGAGGCAGGGCGUCAGGAGAAAUGCUGCGAGGGUGGUGGGCGAGGGGGAGAAGAGCUUCAUGGGGAUUCAGAGGGGUCUCGAGCACUCGCCCCCGGUCAGGGAGAAGAGGGCCAAUGGGGGGGUCAAUUAUGAGCAUUAUUUGGAGAGAAUUUCCCAGGUUCAGGAGACACUGGGGUUGGCGAUGGGCGGGGGGCAGAAGAGGGAGGGGUGAUCGGGAAAGCGGAGGGAAGUGCAGAACAUUUUUUUUUUAUGAAUACUCAUUUAUUUGAGAGAAGUAUUAAUUUUUUCAAAGCCGUAUUUUCCAGAUCGAGGCAUUCCCAGCGAGCCUGAUUAAGGUUUGAUUGUAACAGUCAGGUUGUUAAACUGAGGGAAAAAUUGCGAAAUGCGAAAUUGAAAAAAUAAAUAUUUCUGAAGUAAAUGGAUAUUUGAAGGCAAUAAUUUUUUUUCUCAGUGUGAGGUUUGGGGGUGGUAGUAAAAGGUGAAACGUCUUGUUGAUUGACUCUUUGUGAUAAAUUUUUAGGGUACAAAUAAUGUCCUGACUUUUAUUAAAAAUUUAAUCGUUAUCGAGGUAAUUCCACUUUUCACGUGAUUUUUUCUGCAUCAAUUGAAAAAACAAACAGUUGAGUUGUAUCAGCUCUCAUUAAUUGAACAAUUAUCUCGAUAACGAGUGGUUUUGGAGGAAUGUCAUGGGAAUUACUCAAUUUUAUGUUAAAAAAAUAGAUUUGGCUUGCGUUUCACCAGUUUACUGCAGUAUUAAUGCCCCUCCCAGAUAACAAGAGGACCAAAUAUUUUCUGAAUGCUCUUUGUACAAAAAAAAAUUACGAGUUAACGGUUAAUUAAGAUACUUUAAUGUAAUUUUUUUCAUUUGAUUUUGUCAUUGAUUAUGUGUGUUAUGUAGAAAAUAUUUUUAGGAACAUGUGAGAUGUAUUUGUGAGAUAGAUCUUCCGUUUGCACAAGGAUAAUUGCACCAAAGUUUUUUUUCGAUUUCUCUCUUUUAGAUUUUCGACGGUCCUGAACCACUUGCCACAUAAUUUUUAGGAACAAAGAGAACAGAGUAGUUGAUUAAGAUUUUUUUUUCAGAAACCAGUGCCUUGUUAAUGAUAAUUGUCCAGUAUUUAUUAGGUCGUGUUCCUUUUUUACAACUGUGAAUAGAAUGAAAUGUUACCUUAUUGAAUAAUAAAAUUGAAUUCAUGAGAAGA